CCCACAUCAUAUGUUGUCACGUACCGCUCGUUUCGAGGACGCUUAGUUUAGUCAAUGAUUUUGUUGCGAGCGAAUGCUACAAUGAAACGUUUGCUAUUAAUUUAUUUUUUUUAUAUACUCUUCCAAGUGGCUUUAUUGGAAUCACCAUGCGAGACGAUCACGUACAAGCAAAAAAAUAAUGUUGACUUUCGAUGCACUCAAUUGACGACGCUGGAAAAUAAUUUGAAUCAAGCGUGGACCAACACGACGAGCAUCACAAUUUUCGAUUCGAAUAUACCUAACAUAUCUGGGCACAGUUUCGCAAAAUUCGGAGCGACCCUUGAAACCUUAGACCUGCACGAAUCGGGUAUACAAACAUGCGAUGCUGAGGCAUUCAUAGGCCUUACUAAGUUGAAAAAACUGAUGCUUUGGGGCAAUAAACUGACGAACGUGCCGGCAGAAUGGCUCAUGAACAUGUACUCUCUGCAGACUCUAGAUUUAUCGUUCAACCUCAUCCAGUGGCUCGAUUGGAGAGUUUUUCAGAUGCUUCCUAAUUUGGAGAACUUUUACUUCGACUACAAUCAACUCAGCUACAUCGACUAUAGCCUGUUCGCUUAUCUGGGUAAUCUGAAGAGAGUGAGAUUCAGCAAGAACCCGUGGAAAUGGCCGUAUCGCGCUCGCUUGACGUGGCAAUUGGAGAAUCAAAAGGUCGAGAUAUCGGAUAUGUGGGAGGAUUGGAACUGGAUGAACGUUGUGAUCAAGGACUGCAUUGAGAGUGGUCGCGGUGAAUUGCCGAGCGAUAAGGUGCUCGACUGCGCUGUAGAGAAACUGCUCGAGUUUACGUACGAGACCUUCAGCGCGCAGGAGAGGAGCAGCGCGACCGGAUGCAGCGAACAGGCCAAGCGAUUAGUGCAUUGCAUGAGACCGCGCAAUGCCAUUGGCGAUACCGAUUACGAAACAGUGCGAAGGAUUCUAGAGGAUUAUUCCACGAUUCUGCCGCCGAUGCAAAGGGCGCUGAGCCCCUUUCCGUUGAAAUGAUAAACGCGCUUUGUCUCUGUCUUCUCAGGGACUUCUUUUAAGAUAAAGGUAAAGUCUUUAGACUACGCUUCUACGUCAAUUUAUUAUUUUACUCUACAAUUGAGAGAACUCUUAAUCGAACCUUCCUUCAUUCUUAUUCAGUAUUUGUAUGAAUUUAAAAUGAAUAAAUAAAAAAA